AGUGGAAAGUGGCAAUACGGUAAUGAGCAAUGACUCCUCCUCCUUCGCAUUUAUAGCCUUCUCUUCUUUCUUCCCGACACUCUCUCUUUUUCAAAACACUACCACCUCCCUCUCUCUUUUAUCUCUGUCUGUCCUUACUCUGCUGUUCCUUCCACCUGAGGAAACCCUACCAACAAAAACAAGCAAAGAAAACUAGUUCUUCUUCUUCUUCUCCUCUGUUCUCAACUAACAAGAUUGUCCAAAAGGGAAAAAAGAAAACAGAGGAAGAACCCAAGAAGCAGCACUCCAUCAGAUUACGUUUUCUGCGAAGAAAGUUGUCUGCUUUUAGUCUCUUGGUGGGUUCUUGUUCGUUUUUCAGACUUUCUUUCUUCAUUGAUCCUGAAUCUUCCUCACUGUGACAAUGCUGCUUGCUGGUGUGUGAUUCUUGGGCAUUGGGUGCCGGUUCUCUUUCAAAUGGGUAGAAAAGCAAGCAAGUUUCAGUCUUUCGCUUGUUGGAGCUAGCUAGCUGCCUACCGGCAUCUUCUAUUUUUGUGGGUUGUCACCAGUUGUUGAUCUCUGGGUUUCGGUUUCGGUUGUUAGAGAUUUUUUGUGCAUUUGCUUCGUUAGAGAUCUUCUCGGCGUUUUUCUCCCCUGCUUUGACCAUCUUUGACUCCUGCAAAGACUUCGAUUUUGAAUUAAAAGGAAGAAAGAAGGAGGUGUGAAGGGAAAGAAAGAGAAAGGAAAAAGAAAGGUGGGCUCAUUGUGCUGUCGAAGAUGGAUCUGUUCAAAGUGAGGAAGUUCAGAAGAGCCCGCAAACCAGAGCUGGAGAAGGAAUCUGAAGGCAAGCCUGUUACUUCUCCUGAAGUGCCAAAGAAAGACGUCAAUGGCGGGGGUGGUGGUGAGGAAUUGAGUAAAACCAACAACGCCAAGUCGGUGGAUGUGGUAGAAGAGGCUGAGGAGGACGAAGACGAUGACUUCAUAACCAAUGAGGUGAAGAGGAGGUUGAAAGAGCUGAGGAGGAACAGCUUCAUGGCGUUGAUCCCUGAAGAAGAGUCUUUUCCUGAACAGGAAGAAGAUGAUGAAGAAAAUGGCGGAGAGGCAGGGGACGCUAUCUGUGGAGAAUGGAGGGAUGUUGAAGCUGAAGGAAGGCAAUGGUGGGGUGGCUUUGAUGCUGUUUAUGAUAAAUACUGUGACAGAAUGCUCUUCUUCGAUCGAUUGAGCAUUCUUCAGCUCAAUGAAAAUGGCUGCUGCACUAUGCCUGCUACUCCGUCUCCAAAAUCGUCAUCGAAGAAGUUACCAUCUCCCUUCCGUUGCCUAGCGUUGAAGAAAUUCGAAGACCCCGAAGAUGAAACGGAGCAUCUGCAGCAGCCUCAGAACGACCAGUACCAUGACCUCGAAACUGCAUAUGUAGCUCAGAUGUGCCUGACUUGGGAGGCACUUCACUGCCAGUACACUCAACUCAGUCAGAGGAUUUCGUGCCAACCCGAGAACCCCACUUCUUACAACCACAGUGCUCAGCAGUUUCAGCAAUUCCAAGUUCUGCUGCAACGGUUUAUCGAGAACGAGCCCUUUGAGCAAGGUUUUCGAGCAGAAGUAUUUGCCCGUUCGAGGAGGGUGUUACCUAGACUACUCCAAGCUCCAAAUGUGAAAGGUUUAGAUGGGAAAGAUGCACGAGAGCUCGAUUCAGAUUCGGUGGUGCGUGCGCUAGAUCUUAUUCGAGUUAUAGAGAGUGCAAUUCUAACCUUCCACCUUUUUGUCAAGAUGGACAAGAAGAAGUCUAAUGCUGGCAUCACAUUCUUUGGAAAUCAGAAUCAGAUUGCAACCCCGCUUCAAAUGAUCCAAUCUUCAAUCGACAAGAAGAAGGUGAGACUGAAUGAACUAUGCAAGAAGAGGAAAGGAUGGAAGAAGAAAACAUGGCCUCAGACAUACGAGGAUGUUCAGCUGUUGUUCGGCCUCAUUGACAUCAAAAUCGUAUCCAGAGUGCUCAGGAUGAUCCGGAUCAGCAAAGAACAGUUGAUCUGGUGCGAGGAUAAGAUGAAAAAACUGAAUUUAGCUGAUGGGAAGUUGCAGAGAGAUCCAUCUCCAAUCCUUUUCCCUUGCUAGCACCAGUAGCUUUGACUUGUUAGGUGCCACAUUGAGGAAAUGUAGGCGUGGAGAAUGGGUUACGUUUUGGAAUGGUUAACUGCUAGUUGCGGUUGAAAGCUGCAAAUCUUUCAUGUAAUGGGAAACGCUAAAUGCUAAUAGAGAAGCGGAUGUGUAGAUAGGAAGUGCAUCGUUAAAUCCCAGUUUUCAAGCUCUUGAAUCUUGAUGGGUUCCUUUUCUAGCUAGAUUUCAUCUACUGUGAUGAGGCAGGUUAUCAUAUCAGAAGAAAGGCCCGUUCUUCUCUCUCAACUUGAGCCCAAAUCCGCCUUACUUGAUCUUCAAACCCUAGCUGCUUUCCAUGCCUCCAAUUAUGUGAUCAUAAUUAGAUAAUGUAUGAUGUUAUCGAUCAGCUUGCAGACUCUUCAACCAACCCACUCUCACUCUUAUUCGAUCAAAGAUUAAAAGUGAUUUGACACGACACGAAAUCCAUCUUCAUCAAAAUGAAUUAUUUUGAUUUGAAUUCAAGCUCCCCAACUAGGGGUGUUCAAACGGUUUGGUUACCAUGAUAACCGUUUUAACCGGUACUAUUUGAAUAAUUUGGUUUGGUUAAUUUGGAUAAUUGGUUUGGUUUGGUUAAAGUUUUUAGCUUGUUUGGUUUAGGUGGUUUGGUUUGGUUUCAGCCACUCCUAACCAGUCAAACCAAAUUAUCCAGUUAAGUAAUUAGUCAUAUAUCUAACAUAUAUUAUAUACACAUACUUAAUAUUUUGCAUAACCACUCAAGAGUUAACGUUCAUCCCUUUUCGACUCAUAAAAUAUAAAGCUCAAUAUUGCUCAUAUAGUGUAUAUUUGUAUAUGUAAAAUGUAGACCACAACAUAUGGACGCCUAAUUUAGAUAAAUUUCAUACAUUAUGAAGGAUGAAAACUUGAAAAGAAUGUCAUUUUCAGCCUAUGAUAAUUGCUAAGAGACUAAGUCAAUUUACACAAACACAACAAUUCAUUAACAUACCAUUGUCAUAAAUUUUUGUUAGGUGAAUACUUCUAUACUAAUUGUAAGAUAAUUGUCUUAGUUUCAUGUAUUUUUGUUAAGGGUCAACUAUAACUACGUGUUGGUUGUUAUGUUUUAUUCAUUAUAUAAAUUGCGAAUUAUUGCAUUAACCGGAAAAUUUUCAUCGUCAAUGAUAAUGUGAUUUUAUAUUGGUUAAUCUGGUUAACCAAUUAACCAAACCGAUUAAACUUUAGUUUGGUUAAUUUGGUUGUUGUAUUAGUUUGGACGAUUUGGUUAUGAUAUUGUAUUCCAUGGUUAAUGAAAUUUAGCCUUAUUUGGUUUGGUUAUAACCAUGGUAACCAUUUGAACACGAACCCAACAUCACACACCAUCAUUGUUUCCCUCUAAUUGCCACAAUUUGAUAAUCUCUCUCAAUACAUUUGUAUAUAUCCACCCCAAUAAUUGGUGACUUCCAAACAGAAGAAAAACUUAAAAGAGCAAUCUACAUCAUUCUCUCACCAAACCCUAAAUAAAGCCAAGUCAAAGGUCCCAAGAAGAACAUCUUGGUCACCACAUUUUUAGUAUUUCCAAUUAUUGGACACGUACGGCUUUGAUUGAGUGCAUGAAGGGAAAAAAAGGUUUAACUUCCCA